GAAUAGUUUAUCUGUUUUUCUAUAAGAGUAUGUUAACUAUUUCUUCAACAUUUGCGUCCAGGAUAGAAUCCCCUAUUUCUAUGCCUACAUUCCUCUGCAGUUUCUGGGAAAAAUUCCAUUCAUCAAAUGUGCUAGAGAAGCAAAUGCUCAUUAUCUGGUCUGCAUUUGUAAUAGCUUUGAAGUUGUUCCUCCAUGAGUCAUUAUGCCUGUCAAGCCCUUUCAGAUCCAUAAACUUUUGAAUGCAGUGUUGUCUAUUUUUCUUGCUACCUUGGAUAUGGGUUUCCUGUGGAUUCAUCAAUGCAAUUAAACAGAAGCUUCCCUAGCUUUAAUUAUCCCUUGGUUCUCUGAUGCUGGGAAGAAAAUGGCUCAUUUGUCUCAUUGUGUUCUGUAAAUUCAUUAUUGAUGCACCUCUCAGUCAUUGGUUUUACUUGAAGCUCUGAAAAAAGAUAUAAAGGAUGACAACUGCCCGAAGACUUGUGUUGACAUCUUGGAUGCAGAGAUUCCUCUUCAAUAAUGCAUUGACAGUAGAGGCUAAAUAAAGUCAGUACCUUUCUUGCAGCAAAUCCUCUUUUUUCAGCUCUCUGAAAUUUCAUCCUUCUGGGCUUUACUACAAUAUGAAAGGGAAUUCUCCUGGGUUGGAUUUGUAGAAAUGAACUGGAACAGAACAGACUGCAUGGUCUCUCUGGGUUCUGGAACAAGUUGAUUGAGAAACAACUAUUUCCCAAGUGAGAGCUCAAGCAUUUCGUUGUAUUCCCUCUUACUGAAAGGUACACGUCUAAUGUAAAAGGCUCCUCUUGCUCUUGGAGAUGCUUCCUGAGCUGCUUUGCAAGUGCCUUUUGAGGUGAUGAAGCCAUCUGAACCUGCUGAAUGGGGAAGAGAGUUUUGGGGAGAGGAUGGAUGCAUAAUGAUUGGAACAGACAGAACGUCUCUUUGUUGGAUUAUUCUAAAGGAAAAUAGUAGUGAGGACUGAGGAGCGAGCUUCUACUUUGUGGGCUUUGUUGGAGUAAGAGGCAGGGCAAUCUUGUUUGUUAACGGUCAUAAAGGACAAAUGGAGAUAGGGAUCUUUUUCUGGUAGUUCAAGAAAGGAGCCGGGAAGGGGACUGGGAAACGUAUCAUUGGGAAAUGGGGAGGGGGAAAAUCUAAGGUUCGAAUCUCGGAGUUAGGAGUAACCACUUCCUAGGGGGUGAAGUGGUAAGGGAAAGCGACCUGCUCUGCCACCUGUGAUUGUGAACACCUAAAUUCACUGGCAAAAUUCACUGGCAAAAUUCACUGGCAACAAAAGGUGUUGUUCCUAUAAUGUUGUUGAAGCCUAAUAACUAUCCCAGGGUUUGGCUUGGUUGUAAAAGCACCUGCUGUUGAUUUUGCUGACAAGGUUUGAUUUGUGGAUGACUGGCAUGAGUAUGUUCUUUCCUUUGACACCACCAUAAUUGGACUUCAUUUAGGUAUGAGUCGAUUUUGUGAUAUGCGAGAAAAGGUUUUGAACUUAAAGAUCUCUUCUCAAGGUUUAAACAAAUCAUAUCCUUGACAAUGGAUAGAAAAAUAGUAUGACAAAACAAAUCGUAAACUAGUCAUGUGAUUCAUUCAAAAAUACAAUUGGCCAAAUUGG